AUGGAGAACGAGCCCGUCUUCGUCGAGGACAGUCGGUCGUCGAGGAGAGGGCGCUUCAUGGGCAAGCUGUUUGGCAAAGAGAAGAAGCAAACACUGGACAACACUCCCGCUACUUUGGACGCCUUCCUCUACGGCUCGGCCGCACAUCUGCAGGUUACCCAUGCGCCGCCACCUCCGCCGUCUUUGCUUCCCAAGCUCGCCAAGCUCGACACCACGAUAUCUCGCUAUCCGCAAGCCUUGGCUGUGAACCAGCAGGCGCAGCAGAACCGGCCCUUGGCCCCGGGCAAGAUAGAGCCGAGGCCGCCGAGGACAAGUCCCAGACCAAACAGGAAGGGAAUGGUUGUCCGCUUCGCUGAUUCAUAUCCAGACAUCAUCGGCGAGGGAGGCGACGAUUCUGACAUGCCAGUCACUCAAGUCGGCAAGAACAAGAGAGCUAGGCAGCAACACCCGCCGCCGGCCCAUCCACACCGCACGUCUUGGUCGUCAAACGCAAUGGCGCUUGCUCAUCCUUGUCCAUCGGAUCCAUCCCUUGGGUCGUCGUCUGGACUUCCUGUUGGCCCCGAGUCCGAGGUCAAUGACUUCCAGCCCAAGUCGCUUGCACGAUCGCAAACCGGGUGCUCGUCUACCUACGAACUCGACGCGGGCCCAAUGGCGUCUCACGGGCUACCUGGCAGAGGGGAGCAGCGCAGCGGCAAGACUGUGGUUCCGGGGGCAACCGCCUCGCCAAUGUUUCUCGACACGCCUGGGAGGCGUGAUGAGAGAAGAAGAUCCUUCAUAGAAAUACACCAGGCAGAGAUGCGCGAGGCCGAGGCCCAAGCGUUUGCGCACGCCGCCAGAACGGCCAACGCGGCGUCUCAGCCCGAUUGGGGGGGUGGUGUUCAACCUCCAGCAUCCUACGAUGUUUCAUCCGAUUCGUCACGGGAACGUACGCCGUCACCAGAGGCGCAGACCAAGAAACCUGCGUUGGAGUACAGCCCUGCUGGAUCAAUAGCCUCCUUUUCCUCCUUUGCCUAUCCGACGUCUAACCCCUCCCAGACGAGUCUUCCGAUCCGACAAUCCAGCGCAGCUUCUCAACUCGGUCCCCCAGGUCCCGCUUAUCCCACGGCAGCCAAGUCGGCUUCGGAGAGGCUCCAUGACGCGGUCAAGGGUGCCCGAGAUGAUGAUGCACUCGCCGCUUUUUUGUCGGGAACCAAGCAUCUGUUCGAGCUGUUUCGACUACACGCCGAGGCUGUCCGUCCGCUAUCGGCUUGCGCACCAAGAGAUUGCGCCCGCGCCGCUUUGUGGUGGCUCCUGAAGGGAAGAAUAGGCCUGGAGCUCGCGAUACGAAAUUGGCCAAACUCUACGCAGCCCCAGAUGCAGAAGCAACUGGACAGGCAGCAGGCGUACACAAACCUGUCCAAAGGCUAUUGGCUGUGCCAAGAGGCUAUCCCCGAAAUCAUGGGCGCCCAAAGAUCACCUCCCAGCGCAGAGAUUAGCGCAGUGUCGCAAAGCCUCCUAUCCUCCCUACGAAAGCUGGCCCAAUCCAUGCAACGAAACGGGUUCCUGCCUCCCGAAGAGCCUUUUCUACCACAGACGAUUGACAAGUCCAUAUGGCUGGAAUAUCCGGCCUUGAGCCAGGAUAUGGUUGCCCUUUUGACCGGUAACUGGGGUUCCGCCUUGGCAGCCACGCAACAUCCACUGCCUGCACUGCAGCUUCUCGACGCCCUCCCUCUCGGCGACACUGCCGAGACCUUCAGCUAUGGUCGCGCAGUGGCGGAUGUUUUUCUGACCGAGCAGGGACGUGAUUCGCAAAGGAUAUUCCUCCCUUGCAUCCUCUCCGUCGUUCGCCAUCAGGACAGCUCGGGUCUCGCCUUCGUCAUCGCCAGCCAGAACGGACACGUGCAACUGGCAGUCGGGCAAAAUAGAAACGAAGGACCGGUUUUGGAAGACGUUCGGUGGUACAACACAACUUGCUGCGUAGAGGUGUGUUUGCCUCGAGGUUUCUUGCUCGUCGCUCAAUUGAACCAGGAUGACUACAGGAUGCUAUGGAACAUGCAUGAAUUCGGAACAAAGACGAGAGGAAUGCUGCAACCCCGAAGCGACGAAGCUUUGGUGUUCCGGAACAGUCUGCGGUCGUUCCAAUACCUCGAUUCGGACCCCCACUCGCGCAUGUUUCCCAAGGGAUCUGUGCCGCAGUGCGAUGUCGCGCUGUUUGAGAAGGUUCACAUGGAGAGCGGCCCAGCGGGACAGCGGACCUGGCACUGCGGAUUUCGGAUCGCCGUGGUGACGGGUCCCAGAACGAGAACAAUCAGUGGCCUGCAGCACAGUUUCCCCCCGCCACUUCCCGUGCUGUUCGGCCUUUUCAGAGCCGAGGCCGAUGCGCCUGCGCUGUCGCUCAAGUGCGCGACUGGCAACCAGCGAGGUCGGAUGAUGCUCGUUUUCAACGACGAGAUGGAAAGAGCGAGGUUUCACUCGCUCCUGGCCGGCAUUGCACUCAACCGUGCCGAGAAGGUGUUUGCCGAUGCUCCCCUCAAGUGGUUCCUGGUAUCGCAGAGCCUUCGGGAACCGAGUGGCCUGGAACCCUUUGGCCGACUUCCGUGGCAGGCUGUGCGAGUCAUCAACGAUGAGUUCAGCCCCGAGGGCGGCGCCCCGCCCACAGUUUUCGCAGACAGGCUCAAGGUGGUGGUUGAACACCAGCACGGAACCGUUGCGGAUAGAGUCAACGUGGGCCCAGGCGAGCUACGGGUGCGCCUCGAGGUGUCGAAUGACAAGAUACUGAGAGUUCUUCGCCAGCCACAGCAAGACGUGACCAUGUCCGUGUCAGAGGCGCAAGUACCCAGGGAGCUGGCCACGGACUUGGGCAACGCGUUGCAGCUGCUCAAAGCGAACCAGACCAUUCGCACAUUCGAGUUCCACGACUUGAAGGGUCUCCACGACUUCCAGCUCGCCCUCACUGGCUUUGAGACGAUAUUCGAUGCCGUCGCGACGACGUUUGCCAUAGCGAGACGGCGAAUGGUGGUGCCCAUACACAAGAAGUGGGAAGCGGGUUCGACAAGGAUACAAGUCAUCCGGCUGAGGGACAAGCAGCUCCAGCUGCUGGCCUUUUUCGAAGACUUUGCACAUGGCCACUGCAUGAACUUUGUGCUCAAGGGUACGGACGUCUACGAAGCCCUGCAGAAAGGGAGCAAGGCUGGAAUCCGAUUCGUCGAUGCGAAAUUUCCCUUGCCCCGACUGCCGGCAGACAAGGACGGCGGCUAUGAUGAUGUGGCGUUUGUGUGCGUGGAUGUUCCCGAUCUGCCAGGCGAGCAUGAUGAUAUAACGGUCAUGUUUGACAAGGAAACCGAUCGGGAUCUGCUGGCCCAAUGCCUUCCGGCACCGGCCAAGGGAUUAAAGUUGUCAUCACGUCUUAGAUAG